GGUCCAGGCAAAAGAGGUGCGCGGUUGGACCGUCAGCAGCGCAACCAACACGAGCAUCAUCCAUCACUACAGCAGAGGAUACCUCACAGCAGCCGGGAUAGCACCCAGUUGUGUACUUUUUAUUAUGGCCGACCAUCUUUUGCAUUACAAUGACUCGGCUAGUGUUGGAAACAGAUUCGCGCGUAAAGGUGCUUUGCGGCAGAAAAAUGUCCAUGAAGUGAAAAACCACAAAUUUACAGCAAGAUUUUUUAAACAACCAACGUUCUGCAGUCACUGUACAGAUUUCAUAUGGGGAUUUGGGAAACAAGGAUUUCAGUGUCAAGUGUGCUGUUUUGUGGUCCACAAAAGGUGCCAUGAGUUUGUCACCUUCUCAUGUCCUGGAGCUGACAAGGGCCCUGACACAGAUGACCCCAGAAGCAAACACAAAUUCAAGAUUCACACUUAUGGCAGCCCCACGUUCUGCGACCACUGCGGCUCGCUGCUUUACGGCCUCAUCCAUCAGGGCAUGAAGUGUGACACCUGUGACAUGAAUGUGCACAAGCAGUGUGUGGUGAAUGUGCCGAGCCUGUGCGGGACAGACCACACAGAGCGCAGAGGACGCCUGUUUCUCAAGAUAGAGGUCAGCAUGGACAGGCUACAUGUCACAGUGGGAGAGGCCAGAAACCUGAUUCCCAUGGACCCCAAUGGUUUGUCAGACCCCUACGUCAAACUUAAACUCAUCCCAGACCCGAAGAAUGAGACCAAGCAGAAGACAAGAACCAUCCGCUCCUCGCUCAACCCCUGCUGGAACGAGUCCUUUACUUUUAAGCUGAAAGCAUCAGACAAAGACCGGCGCCUGUCCAUUGAGGUGUGGGACUGGGACCGGACCACCAGGAACGACUUCAUGGGCUCCAUGUCGUUUGGAGUGUCAGAGCUCCUCAAAGCCCCCAACUGUGGAUGGUACAAGUUGCUGAACCAAGAAGAAGGAGAGUACUAUAAUGUUCCCAUCCCAGAAGUUGAUGACGUUAACUUUGAACUCCGUCAGAAAUUUGAGGCGUGCCAGUUAAAUAUCCACUAUCUAAAGAAAGCCAAGUUAGGCCAUGGUAAAAAAAUGAUCACACCAACCGACCAUCGGCGCUUCAGUCUGCCCUCUGGAAACAUGGACCGGGUCAGACUCAGCGACUUCAACUUUCUGGCUCUCCUUGGAAAAGGCAGCUUUGGGAAGGUGAUGCUAGCUGAGAUGAAGUCUACUGAGGAACUGUACGCAAUCAAGAUCUUAAAAAAAGACGUGGUGAUCCAGGAUGAUGACGUUGAAUGCACAAUGGUGGAGAAGCGGGUGCUGGCCCAAAGAGACAAGCCCCCGUUCCUUACACAGUUACACUCCUGCUUUCAGACGGUGGACCGACUUUACUUCGUCAUGGAGUACAUCAACGGGGGCGACCUCAUGUACCACAUCCAACGCAUGGGCAAGUUCAAAGAGCCACAGGCUGUUUUUUAUGCAGCAGAGAUCGCAGUUGGGUUAUUUUUCCUGCAUCGAAGAGGAAUCAUUUACAGGGAUCUAAAGCUGGACAAUGUGAUGUUGGACUCUGAAGGUCACAUUAAAAUCGCAGACUUUGGCAUGUGCAAAGAAAACAUGUAUGAAGGCAUGACCACUCGCACUUUCUGUGGUACACCCGACUACAUCGCUCCAGAGAUUAUAGCAUACCAGCCCUAUGGGAAGUCAGUGGACUGGUGGGCCUAUGGAGUUCUUCUGUACGAGAUGCUGGCAGGGCAGCCUCCGUUUGACGGUGAAGACGAGGACGAGCUCUUCCAAUCCAUCAUGGAGCACAAUGUGUCUUAUCCCAAAUCCAUGUCAAAAGAGGCGGUGUCCAUCUGCAAAGGAUUGAUGACCAAGCACCCAUCCAAGCGUUUAGGGUGUGGACCGGAGGGAGAGCGGGACGUCCGGGAGCAGGCCUUCUUCAGACGCAUCGACUGGGAGCGCCUCGCCAACAGAGAGAUCCAACCCCCCUUCAAACCUAAAGUGUGUGGCAAAGGCGCUGAAAACUUUGAUAAGUUCUUCACCCGCACCCAGCCCGUUCUGACCCCUCCGGACCAGCUGGUGAUUGCCAAUAUCGAUCAGAGCGAGUUCGCCGGUUUCUCCUACAUCAACCCUCAGUUCCUGCACCCCUCGUUGCACAGUGUGGUAUGAGCAGGAACUACAAGGACUUUUAAAAAAAAACUACAAAUCCCAGACAUCUGUCAUCAAUAUCACUCGCAAUAGCUUGUUACAUACUGGUUGAAACCACAUUGCAAAGUUCAUAUCUCAAUCAAUUUUAUUUCUGUAAUCCUUAUUUGUACAGGUGAGCUAUUCCUGUGUAUAAUUGUGUCUAGCUGUGUUCUUUUUUUCUUCACAAACGAGCUGAGCAAUUAUUUACAGCUCUAUUUCCAAAAAUUAUGGACCACUGUGUAAAAUGUUAUAUGUUUAUUUAUAUAUUUAUUGUUUUACCAUUUCAUAAAAAAACAGCAGUCAACCACCGCAUACAGUAGACAACUUAAUACCUGCAGAUUACUAUAUAUUUUUGUUAUUUUUAACCUUACUAUAAUUUUUAUUUUAGUGUCCACACCAACUAUAGUACAAUACUGUUACAUAAAGCAUAAAGAGUGCCAAAACUGAUCAUUAAGCAUUUCCAAACACCUUCAAAUGUUUCUUCUAUUUUCCUCGUUUUCCCCGUUAACACAAUUCAAUCCUGGCUCAAUCCAUUGGGUGUUCAAACUACUGUCAAAUGCACAUACACUAAGUCUUACAGUAACCAACUAUUUAUGUUGUGGAUGGAGUAAAGUCCACCAAAUAGGGUCAGAAAAAUGUGGUUAAAAGACAGUAUUUUGGUAGAAUUUCAAAAAUCCUAGUAUAUGCACAAAGCAGUACUCUGUCGCAUGCUAUUUUUCUGACUCUAUGGGCAGUAGACUAUCUAUGUAAAGGUUAGUAUUAUGAUAAAAGCUAUGUUAUGUAUUAUUGUUGUAAAGAGAAAAAGUCUUAAAAUGUCUAUAAAAAUGCUUACGUUCCUGUUUAUGUUUCGCUUAAUCAGUCCGGAGAUGUUUACCCUUGUCAACCAUUUUUGUAAAUAUAUAUUUCAAAAGAGAUUUUAUACAACAAAAUGAAUGUGCUUUUACUACCUUAGACUUGAUUUGAAGAUUUCUAUGUGUUUAGAUGACCCCUUACAAGAAAAAGUUUGGCAGAAUCUUUGGUAGCUUUGUAUCUGCAGAUCUUGUUAUAUGUAUUUCCUCUAUCCAUUUGUUUUCUACUACUGUGUCAUAGAGAAUAUGCAGCACGUAUCUUGUACGUGAUUGGAUGCCCUUUUUGCCUUGGUCGCCUACAGGCCGCCUCCUCCUGUUUAGGGACUGAAAUCAUGUAGUUAUAAGGAUUUUUGUCUUUUUUCUGUGUAUUUUGUGUGCAUGCGAUCUAGGCAUGUGAACAACCUUUGCAUGGUACUGAAAUCUCCCCUGGUGUUGAAGCAUGGAGCGAGUAAACCAGCAAGUAUUGUAUGCUUUCCUGCUCUUCAUCCUCUCCCAGUGCUUCAUGUAGCCCGCCAUUUUGGCUCAAGAGCUGAAUUAUAAACAGUGAUAAACAAUGUAUUAAUGCUUACGUUCGUGCCAUACCGGGUCCUUUGUUUCACAAGUAUUGUUGUUUUUUGCUAUUUUGAGGCAAGCUACAAUACAAUACAGCUUCUUAAAACUGCCAAAUUGAAUGUCUUUGAAUUCCCUCAUGUAGUUUUGUAACUUGAUGUCACAUUAUCUGGACCAAAAUGAAAUUGAUGAUGACUGUUUACAUGUCUCACAUUGAGAAGUUGUAUUGGCACAAAGAGGAUAGGCCCAUUAUUAUCAGAUCCUCAUGUCGGGGUACAGUACCACUAAAGGUGUAAUUACAGGGACGCUUGUGUUUCCUCUGACCGCCCCUGCUUUCUUUAUCCUCAAUCUUCUUGUUCCUCUGUUAUAUGUGCUCUGGAUACUGUGUAUACAAAAUAAACUAUAAAAUAUGUC